CCGGGCGUCCAUCAGCGGCCCCGCAGCCUCCCCUCGCUCCUCUCCUCUUCCUCCAGGGCCCCAGCGCAGCCCGGGAGUCCGCGCACGGAGGCGCUAGGGGCGUCCCCCACUCGAGGGACACGCGCCGCGCCUGGACAACCCCCAGCAGGCGUCCCCCGCGCGCCCCCUGCCCCGCGCCGGCCGCGCUCCCCUCCCCCGCGCCUGUGUCCCGGGGGCGCAGGGCCGCGCGUCCAGCCCCAGACGCGCCGGGGGUCCCAGGGGACGCGCCAGCCCGGCCGUGGCGCGACGAUGGAGGAUCCGCAGCGCCCCCGCUCGCACACUGUCACCACCACCGCCAGCUCCUUCGCGGAGAACUUCUCCACCAGCAGCAGCAGCUUCGCCUACGACCGGGAGUUCCUCCGCACCCUGCCGGGCCUCCUCAUCGUGGCCGAGAUCGUUCUGGGGCUGCUGGUAUGGACACUUAUCGCCGGAACUGAGUACUUCCGGGUCCCAGCAUUUGGCUGGGUCAUGUUUGUGGCUGUAUUUUACUGGGUCCUCACCGUCUUCUUCCUCAUCAUCUACAUAACAAUGACCUACACCAGGAUUCCUCAGGUGCCCUGGACAACAGUGGGCCUGUGCUUUAACAGCAGUGCCUUCGUCCUGUACCUCUCUGCUGCUGUUGUCGACGCAUCUUCCGUCUCCCCUGAGAGGGACAGCCACAACUUCAACAGCUGGGCGGCCUCCUCGUUCUUUGCCUUCCUGGUCACCAUCUGCUACGCUGGAAAUACGUAUUUCAGUUUUAUAGCAUGGAGAUCCAGGACCGUGCAGUGAUUUAUCAUUUUGAUAAUUAAACGGAAAAAAAAAAGAAUCCCACUGUAAAAACAGCUGAAGGUAUAAUGUAUAUUCAUAGAGAAUUGUAUUUAACUAAUGUUUUUUAUAUACUUAAAUUUGCUCACAAAUUGUGGUUUGUUGCAAUUAAACUGGAUACUUAUUUGCAAAGUGUUGUAGCUUAUACUGAACUCUUAAGUAUCUUAUUAAUGUCUUCAUAGAUCCUAUUUUCUUAGACAAUGUUUAAAUAGAUAAAUUGCUAAUAUUGAGAAUGUGUCAAGUUUGUAAACCUAACUUUUAAGAUGCCAGAAUCUUUUUGGAUUAAAUAUUGCAAAAUCCCAA